UGUCUUACACUUUCUAUUCUUGUUUCCUUUGCAAGGUAAUCCAUCAUUCAACAACAGUCGGCAGGUCAGUAAUCAGUGAAUCUCCCCCAGUUGACACAAGUGCAAAUUCAGUCAAUUCAUAAUGUAGCUUGGAAGAUAUUGUACUGUGUAAACCUAAUGAAUAGAAUUGCAUCCUGACCUGCAAUUAAUAUAUUAGCUCCAACACAUCCCAUAAAAUUUCAUCUUUCGAGUUUGAGUCCAUAUUUACAUUUUUGGCUUUUGCAUAAGGUUAUUGAGAUGCCAAGGGAAGUGAUUGAGUCUAAUAAAUUUCCAUCUGUAGUUCCUUUUUCGUGAUGGCGUAUUGAUUAGUUCCUAACCUUUGGUUUCUUUCUGCGCAGAAUACAUCAAUCUGUCUUUCUGUAGGGAAACUCCUCACUGCCUUUAAAUCUGAAUCUCAUAGAGAAGGUUAAAUUAUAAAAAUUGGUUCGGAAUCUGUAGAAAUUCUCAUUUUAAUGAACAUCGACACUCUCCAAGUUCUAUAGCUUCCAUAAGGUUAUGAAUCAUGAUGAUGCCUAAAGCCCAUGCUUUCUUCAGGUUCCAUUGUUUGCAUCCGCUCUUCUUCCCGAUCUCAGGCUUCAAUUCUUCCACCACAACUCAUACCCUAAAAGCUUGGCUCUGCUCUACUUCGUCUUCCUCUGAUAAAACCCUCAAGCAAUUGGUACCUGAAGACCCAUUAGACACUCCUUCUGCUGAAAUCCUUCGGAAUUAUGGCUGCAACGACUCUGAAAUAUCAAAGAUCUUCAUGAGUCAACCUUUGCUACGCAAAGCCAAGCCUGGAAUUCUUCAACUGAAGCUCAAUGUCCUUCAUGGCUUGGGCUUCACCAGCUCCGACGUCGUUAAGCUCAUUCGUCUCCGGCCACGGUUGCUUUGUUGUCGCAUAUACUCUGGAAUUGAUGAGCGCAUCGAAUUCCUUCAGAGUUUCUUUGGGUCUAGGGAGGUCCUCUUCAAGGCCAUCCUUAAGAACCCAACCCUCCUAAAAGAGAGUUUACUUGAUCAUCUCAAACGCUGCACUGCCAUCUAUGAAGGAUUUGGUAUCACUAGGAAGGACUUGAUCCCUCUGCUUAUUUCUCGCCCCACCUUGAUUACUAGAACCAAGCUUGAUGAUGACGAGAAGCUUGAGUAUAUCCGCAGAACUGGGGUAUCCAAAGACUCGAAAAUGUACAAGCAUGUUGUUUCUCUCAUUGCCAUCUCUCGUGUAGAAACAAUUCGGGAAAAGUUUGCAAACCUUGCAAAUUUUGGUUUUUCAGAAGAUGAAGUGGUGCAUUUUUUUGGUCGCUCUCCAGCAGUGCUUACUCUGUCUGUCGAUAAGGUCCAGAGGAACAUGACUUUCAUACUCGGGACGAUGAAGCUCGAUGCUAGCAUGGUCCUUUAUUACCCAUUUCUCUUGUUUGGCAACCUUGAAACUGUGUUGAAGCCACGAGUGCUUCUGUUAGAGAAAAUAAAGGCGAUGGGUUUGGUUCCGCAGAUUAAAGGGCCUGCCAUGAUGAGUGCAUUGAGAAUGACAGAAUUGAGGUUCCUCAAGAAGUUUGUUAACUGCCAUGACAAGGAUGUCUCCAAGACCCUUUUGGCAUUCUACGAGCAGGUUAAGUGUGUCAAGCGGUUAGCACAAGGCUCAAAGCGGAUUAAGAUCAGAAAUUUCCCGUUCUGAACUUCAGUUGUUUUUGCUCCAACCAGGUGAUCAUUCUUUUACUCUAUUCAUUAGGUUGAUUUUAAUUUAUACAUUGUUACAAUAUUGACAAUGCAUGGAUAAUCCUCUUUAAGUAUUGUUUGUGGGAUAUGAGAUAUUUUCUCUAAGCCUAUGGUAAUGUACUAAUUUGUACUUCAACUAUCCCCUUCCAAUUCGUUUUCUUUGUUCCAUUUCCGUUGUAAAAUUAUUUAUUCCGUUUAGAUUCGUCUUUCUUUAUGGAUGUCAAGGACUGCCAAUACAAGGUAAUCUCUUUGCUAUU